AUGAGGGAGAAACAAGAGAAAACCACCAUGGAAGCUGGAAAUAUCACUGAUGAAACUUGUAGCAAACCAGUGAUCAUAGCAGGGAAUGUUUUCGAUGAAAAUCUCAAGCAAGCAAUAGAUUUUGAUGCAGUUGUACAGGCAGUCAGGAAAGAUACAAAUAAGAUUAGUACUGGAACUUUCAGUAAUGUGUAUAGAGCAGACAUGCCUUCAGGGAUGAUUUUGUCUCUUAAGGGCCUAAAGUCGAUGGACAAGACUAUAGUUCAUCACCAGAGCAAGAUGAUCAGAGAGCUUGAAAAGCUAAGUAAACUCUGCCAUGAUAAUCUGACGAGACCUAUCGGCCAGAAACUUGAAUAUGAACCUGACUGGCCUACAAAACAUUCCAUUGCCAUUGCAGUUGCAGAAGGACUAGCAUUCCUUCAUCACGUGGCCAUAAUCCAUCUUGAUGUUUCUUCAGGGAAUGUGUUUCUUGAUUCUAAAUUCACCCCUUUGGUUGCUGAAGUUGAAAUAUCCACAACCUCUAGGAUUUUCCAGGUACUUUUGCAGCGAUAUGUUGUUCUAGAAACUUGGUCAUUCUUCAGCAAUGUUUAA